GGUUCCAAUUAGCUUCUGGCUUCUUUGUCAAAUUUAGGGUCCAGAGCGAAGGUAACUGUUAAGCUAUGGCGACGGAAUCGUCGGAGGGAGAAGAAGAAGGGAAGCUCACAGGUGGGAAUCAUGUGCUGAUAGUGGAAGAUGACCUUCGAGAACUGGGAAAGAAGGCCGCUUGGAGUGUCAGCUCUUGCAAGCCCGGCAAUGGCGUCGCUACUCUCCGCGACGACAACCUCGAAACCUAUUGGCAAUCAGAUGGUGCGCAGCCUCAUUUGGUUAAUAUUCAGUUCCAAAAGAAAGUUAAGCUUCAAUUAGUUGUUCUUUAUGUGGAUUUCAAGCUUGAUGAGAGCUACACGCCGAGUAAGAUCUCCAUUCGCUCCGGCGAUGGGUUCCACAACUUGAAAGAGAUAAAAACUAUGGAGCUUAUCAGGCCUAGCGGUUGGGUUUAUGUAUCCUUGUCUGGAAAUGAUCCUAGGGAAACUUUUGUCAACACUUUUAUGUUGCAAAUUGCUGUGUUGUCAAACCAUCUGAAUGGGAGGGAUACUCAUGUGCGCCAGAUCAAACUUUACGGGCCACGACCGAACCCUAUUCCGCAUCAACCAUUUCACUUUACUUCAAGGGAGUUCAUUACCUACUCUUGCGUGAGAUGAGAAAGGCGAGACAGCAAAAACUGUGCUGAACCGAGUAGGAGUGAAGCAAGCAUCUAAGAGUAGCCGGAUCAUAUUAAGAACCAUGAGUAUGUAUCUCUAGACAUGUAUAAUUUGUACGUUUUAUUUUUUUCAAUACCAAAGAUAUAGAACAAUGUUAUUUGGUUCCUUGUUACAAGAAGUGUCAAUAGCUUGAAUUUGGGGCCGUUUUCUCCAA